AUGCCGAUGAAGUCAGGGUUUUCACAUAACAGGGGACUUGAAAAAAUGGCGGACAAAUCAACGAAGCUGACGCUGUUGCCGGUCGCUAGAAUUCGAACUAUCAUGAAAAGUUCGCCAGAUAUCACAGUCAUUGGGCAGGAGUCGUUGUUCUUGAUAACCAAAGCAACGGAGCUUUUUGUGCAGCACAUUGCACAGGAGUCGCACAGCCGAAGCCAAAACAAGAACAGUCUGGUGUAUGGCAAUCUGGCCCAGGUGGUGGACGACGAUAUUGCAUUCCAGUUCUUAGCAGAUGUUCUUCCAAAGAAAGUACUCGCAAGGGACUACCUACAGUCAUUGGAAAACAACAGCUAGCACGAUUGGGAGAACAUGAACCUAUUUCCUAGUCGUUCCUGUCCUGCGGAGUGUGCAGCUAGUAUAUGAGAACCAUCUAACCCUAGCUUCCGCCGCCCAAAUUCAGAAAUAACCGCCACCCGGUUUUGUAGGAAUUUGAUGGAUAUAGGACUGUACAGCCAAGCCACCAUUACUUCACAUUGGAGUUCAGGUCUUGGUUUUGCUUUGAGCACAAAGUUAAUUUGUGGCAUUGGUUUUCCUGUGUAGUGUAGGAUUUGGGAGGAUUUACGAAGCUUGCAAGCAAAGGAAACGCCCAAGAAUUUAGGGUUCAGCCUGAAUCUUUUCUCUCCCAGAUCCAUCAGAAUCUAUCAAUUAUUUGAAGGAUUUUGUAGGAGUGAGCAAUACAGAGCACAUCACUAUACCAAUACACAGGGCUGGAUUCCCCUCAAAAAGUACAAAUGAGUUUCUAUUGGUUUUUCUGCACAGUGGAGGAUUACGGAGAGUUCAAGAUGGUUCCUACAUGUAAAUCUGUAUAGUGGCGAUAGUGUGAGAAAUAUUAAGGAAGUGGCAUUAUUUCGGGGUACUUAGUACAUUUUUAGGAAAGCAUGUUGCAUCCUGACUCCACUUUUUUCAUCAUAUAUUAUCUCAAUGAAGGUCAGUCAUUGCAAAAAUGUUGAAAAGACAUGAAUCUGGGACGGAGAAAGAUUUCCAAUUUUGUUAGAAAACACUUGGAAAAUGCACUCAACUCUCCAUAGCCUUUGUACACAACCAAAGAAGUGGCAUCUGGAUACUUCAUUCUUUCCCAUUUUAAACAAUACAUGUAUAACAAGUCACAUUUUUAUUUCAGUUUUUGUUUUCACUUUUGAAGUGUUUUUAUUUAAGCUGUGUAAAUGCUAGACCCCAUGGAUCAUCUACUUUUAACAUGCGUGAUAUAAACCCUAGAUUUAUUCAAUAAUAUUUGUAUCACACAUCAUGAUUUUUGUCUACAUAAGUAAAUAAAACUCUCAUUUAAAAAAAAAAAA